CGCUUGCAGUUGGGAUGCGGGACGCAGCCCUGCUCCAUGUUCCAGGCUUAGCUGUUUUCACUGUAUUUGAAUGAUCAGUACUCCAGCUUCCCUUAUCCACUAGUAUCCGCCCCCUGGCCUCUGCCCUGAGGACGCCAUGCAGAAGGAGGCAGGAAAGCGGAAACUAGGCUAAAUGAGCCGAAGCAGGGGAGACGCAGUAAUAGGAGGGGGGUCGCCCCCCGCUUCCCCUGGGUGCCUCCCAGGGCUCUGCUCAAAUAUCUGGCUCUGGAGGUGCACUACAGGGAUUCUUGCUGUUGUUAUAGUUGUGAUCUUGUGUAUUCACCUUGUAAAUAGCUCAUCAGGGAAAGGUUCUUCAGGCUCUCCUCCUCCAGAACCAUGCCCUGCCGACUGGCUGUACCACCAAAGGAAAUGUUACUACUUAUCUGAGACAGAAAAGGACUGGGACUUCAGUCGGAGCUUUUGUUCCUCACACAACAGCUCCCUAACUGUAAUUGAAAACGAGCAGGAACUGAACUUCAUAAUGAAAAUAACAAAGCAAGAUCCGUGGAUUGGACUUCACAAGACAGGAGAAGAAUUCCAUUGGGUAAACGGGACUCCAUUGGAUAGAAAUCUGUUGGCAGUAAAGGGUUCUGGAGAAUGUGCCUAUAUUGAAUCAGAUGGGGUCUCCAGUUCUGGAUGCUCAUUAACCAGGGGUUGGGUCUGUAAAAAAACCUCUUAGCACUCACUCAGCCAAUUAAUGUAAGACCCAGGGUUCAAUUGUCACAGUUCAGGGCAACUGCACCUGUACUUCCCCUCAGUGACCCAGCAAGGGCACCUAGUCUCAGGCUUGCUGCAUCUCUCUCCCUUCUGACUGGGGUAUUUCCAAGGCUGCACAGUUCCCUGCCUUUACUGUGUUGUUCCCAGCACAGACAGGUUGCCCAAGGACACCUGCUUGCUUUCUCCUCUGAGACAGUUAGCAGGUGUAAUUGCUACAGUUACAAGAUACCACACAGCACUUCCUAUGACAGCUCACUUUAUUCUUACAGUAAAAAUCAUUACAGAGAAAGCAUUAAAACAAUAAAAGACACUACACACAUGCUACUAAGCUUCCCAGAGUUCACCCUAACAUGGAUUCUGACAGGAGCAGUUCUUCCAUCCCCCUACCCAAUGGAUUUGAUUACAAGUUUAUCACAGCUUCAGCUCAGAACAAGUUCACUAGGGCCAGUCCUUCCAACCCUACCAGAGGUCCUGUCUGUUUUCUGGAUCAGGAAGAAGGCCCUGAAGCUCAUUGAAAAUCAGGCUAUUUAUCCAAAAAUCUUUUUUGUCUUUUGGUCCCUGGAGAGUCCAGUUUGAACUAGUGGAGGUGCACUUCUUGAGGUGAUGAUGUCUCUCUGGAGAUAUUACAACCUGAGUGAAUGUGCCUAAUUACCCCCUGCUGUUCUCUUAUUUAUCCUUCUAUGGAAACGCAUACAAUUCCACAGUAAUACAGACACAGUUACAUCUUAAUACAGUGGACCCCAAAGGUAUUCACCUCUUUCAAUAAGGUCUAGCUUAGUUCAAUAAAGUUCCUUCAGGAUAUUGCAGGAACUUGUCAGUCUGUUAUAUCAACAACAUCUUGAAAGCUAUAAAUGCAAUGUAGCCUCAGUACAUUUACAUACAUUUCAAAGCACUAACAACUGUAGAUUAGCAAAAUUUCUUCCCCAAAACACUAACCCACAACCACCCCACCGGGGUUCAGAAAAGAAGGAGAAAGAUCUAUUAGCCAUGAACUGAGAACUCAGCCACUGGUUUGCUGUGAAUGCUGCUUGUCAGUCUCACCUCAUCUCAUUGAUUCCUUGUGCUCUCCCCUUCCCCCAAUCUCUUUGGUGUAUCCACCUGUUGUUUCUCAUCCUAUAGUGAGGGUAUGUCUACACUGCAAGCAGAAGUGUGACUGCAGCACGUGUAGACAUACCCGAGUUAGCUUUGAUCUAGCUAGCUCAAAUUACAAUAGCAAUGCAGCCACAGCAGCAUGGGCUGUACAAUCCUGUUGGGGACCUUGGGUAUGCAGUUGAGCUGCUAGCCUGUACUGCUACAGCUUUAGUGCUAUUGUUAUACAACCUAGUUAGAUCAAAGCUACCUCAAGUAUGUCUAUGCUUGCUGCAGUCUCAUUUCUGAUUGCAAUGUGCCCUUAGAGUCUAAGUUCCUUGGCUAGCUAGAUCAAACCAUCUUUUUGUCAUGUUUGUGCAAUGCCUACUACAAUGGGGCCAUUAUCUUUAGGCAUUAUUGCAAUACAAAUAAUUAAUACUACUACUGAGAGUCACUUUCCAACCAGAGGAUGUGAUUCAAAUAAUUCUUGAGACCACAUAAGUUUGUAGCACAAGAUUUGGUUCAGGGGCAUCUACUAGGGUCACUUUCACACCCAAAGAACAUGUGCUGGGGAAACAGUUGAAAGGGCUAUUCCAGUCCAGCAGUAAAGUUUAAGGUAGGCAGGGCAAGUUCCUAUCCAGCUGUGAGCUAGGUAGGAAUGGAAUCUUAGGUUUCUGAGUGAGGGCAUGUCUAUGCUAUGGGUGCUACAGUGGCAGCUCUCCAGCUAUGCUGCUGGAUCACCAUAGAGUAGAGGCUUCCUACAUUGACAGAAGCAGUUUUUCCAUUGACAUAGGUAAUCUGCCUCCCCUAGCAGCGGUAGCUGGGUUGAUGGAAGAAUUAGGUAAUAAUUGGAGAUAUACCAAUCUCCUAGAACUGGAAGGGACCUUGAAAGGUCAUCAAGUCCAGCCCCCAGCCGGACCAAUUUUUGCCCCAGAUCCCUAAGUGGCCUCCUCAAGGAUUGAACUCACAACCCUGGGUUUAGUAGGCCAAUGGUCAAACCACUGAGCUAUCCCUCCCCGCAAACACAGGGGUAGGUCGAUUUACCUAUUGUGCUCAGAAGUGUGACUGAUCUAAAUGUUAAGUGUAGAUCACAGCUCAGUAUAUGAAUCUACUAAUUACUCUGUUGGGACCCUUCUAAGACUAGUGAGGGAUAAAUGAGAGUAAGGUGGCUGUCAGACAUUGAUCACUGUGAGUGAGUUUAUAUGGCCAGCCAGUUGAGUCUAGCUGCUGAGGAUGAUUAAUGCUUAGGGUAAGAAACCAUUCCAAAUCAACUGUCUGCAGUUGGGAAGGAUCAGGAGUCUAAGAAGACUGAAAGCCCUCAGCUUUCAUUUUAAAAAUAAUUUUCCUUUGAUGAGCAAUGGCAAUAAAACCAACACAGAUCCCCACUGACAGUUUGUAUGCAGCCAUCAGCGAGUGCCAGCUGGUUAGCGAAAAGAGGAUCUCUUCAUUUUCUCAUGGGUGUAAAAUUAGGCCUUGUUUUACAAAUUAUUUAUAGUAUUUACACUGCUAAUUUCCCCCAUAAGGUUCUGUUGUUACUAUUCUCUUUACCUUGUAUAUAUUUUUUCAAUGUAUUUUUCUUUGUUUAUUUUAUUUUCUUUGUUUAUAUGUAUAACGUCAGCUGUAUGUCAUUACAAUGACAGGACAAUAUAAAUGUUCUAGAGUUUAUGAUUUCAAUACCUUUAGUGAGUUAAAGUUAUAAAAAACAUUUUUUAAAUAUAAAAAGUCUAAUAAUUUGUAGAUUUAAUAAUAAGUACAAGCAGAUUUUUUUUUUAUCCUUUGGACACACAUACCUCUCUGAAGGGAAAAGUAGUGCAGCUGUGUUGAAAGUUAAUCUGAAGAAUACCCCUACGGCAAAUAAAUAUUCCAUGUAUGUGUGAACAUGUGUUUUGUGUAAUUAAUUAAUUAAAAUUCUCAAAUUUUCAGAUUA